GGCUGGCGCGGGGGGCGGGGACAGCGUCGCCCCGCCCCGCCCGGCCCAGCUCGCGCGUCCGUUGUCCGGCCUCCGGUCACGUGACAGCAGCGCAGGUGAGCGCUGCUUCCGGGGUCGGGCGCCUUAGUCGCGGCCGGCUAGGGUUUCCACUCGGUCGGUUGCGCGGGAGACUAUGGCGUCCUCCUCUGUCCCACCGGCCACCGUACCGGCGGCGACAGCGGGCCCCGGCACAGGUUUCGGCUUCGCCUCCAAAACCAAGAAGAAGCAUUUCGUGCAGCAGAAGGUGAAGGUGUUCCGGGCGGCCGACCCACUGGUGGGUGUGUUCCUGUGGGGCGUAGCCCACUCGAUCAAUGAGCUCAGCCAGGUGCCUCCCCCGGUGAUGCUGCUGCCAGAUGACUUUAAGGCCAGCUCCAAGAUCAAGGUCAACAAUCACCUUUUCCACAGGGAAAAUCUGCCCAGUCAUUUCAAGUUCAAGGAGUAUUGUCCCCAGGUCUUCAGGAACCUCCGUGAUCGAUUUGGCAUUGAUGACCAAGAUUACCUGGUGUCCCUUACCCGAAACCCCCCCAGCAAAAGUGAAGGCAGUGAUGGUCGCUUCCUAAUUUCCUACGAUCGGACUCUGGUCAUCAAAGAAGUAUCCAGUGAAGACAUUGCUGACAUGCAUAGCAACCUCUCCAACUAUCACCAGUACAUUGUGAAGUGCCAUGGCAACACGCUUCUGCCCCAGUUCCUGGGGAUGUACCGAGUCAGUGUGGACAAUGAAGACAGCUACAUGCUUGUGAUGCGCAAUAUGUUUAGCCACCGUCUUCCUGUGCACAGGAAGUAUGACCUCAAGGGUUCCCUAGUGUCCCGGGAAGCCAGCGACAAGGAAAAGGUUAAAGAAUUGCCCACGCUUAAGGAUAUGGACUUUCUCAGCAAGAACCAGAAAGUAUAUAUUGGUGAAGAGGAGAAGAAAAUAUUUCUGGAGAAGCUAAAGAGAGAUGUGGAGUUUCUAGUGCAGCUGAAGAUCAUGGACUACAGCCUUCUGCUGGGCAUCCACGACAUCAUUCGGGGCUCUGAACCAGAGGAGGAGGGACCCGCGCGGGAGGAUGAGUCAGAGGUGGAUGGGGACUGCAGUCUCACUGGACCUCCUGCUCUGGUGGGCUCCUAUGGCACCUCCCCAGAGGGUAUUGGAGGCUACAUCUAUUCCCAUCGGCCCCUGGGCCCAGGAGAGUUUGAGUCUUUCAUUGAUGUCUACGCCAUCCGGAGUGCUGAAGGAGCCCCCCAGAAGGAGGUCUACUUCAUGGGCCUCAUUGACAUCCUUACACAGUAUGAUGCCAAGAAGAAAGCAGCUCAUGCAGCUAAAACUGUCAAGCAUGGGGCUGGGGCAGAGAUCUCUACUGUCCAUCCAGAGCAGUAUGCUAAGCGAUUUCUGGAUUUUAUUACCAACAUCUUUGCCUAAGAGACUGCCUGACUCUCCCUGAUGUUCAAGGUGGUGGGGUUCUGAGAGGCUGGGGAAUUGUGGAUAUUCUAGCCACCACGUUUCUUCUUUUGCUAAAUUCAGGCUGCAGGCUCCUUCCAUCCAGAUAACUCCAUCCUGUUUAGUAGGCUUCUGACCCUCAGAAGUACAUUGUCCUUUCUCCCCUUUGCCCAUUUUUCUCCCCUCUCUCCCUCCCCACAAGAAGUCUGCUUGUAUUAUUAGAAUGUUAUUGUUGAUUCUCUCCCAAGUGCCUUGAUCUUUGUAAAAUCUCCUGCUAUUUCUAUGAUAUAGGAGCUGGGGGAAGGGGGUUGUUUGUCAUCUUCAGGACCUGCCUGAAGCAACUACUCUGGAUGCACUUUGCUGUGUGGGAUGAACUAAAAGUGUCUGAAUUUUGCUGAUAACUUUAUAGAACUCACUAUGGCAUGCUUCCCUCCUGGUGGGCCCUAGGAUGGAGGAGAGUCAAGAUACUACAGAUGUGGGUACAGGCAUGUACACACACGAUGGAAUAUGGUCAGCCCUACACAGAUAGGGUAGAGAGUGGGUCAGCAGCCUGGCACCUCACAGAGGUGGGGCCUACGAGGAUUCUUGUAAUUAUGCAGAGAAUUGGAUUGGGUCUCUGUCAGAGAUGGAGUAAUCUCUUACCUCACCUUAGUUCCAUCCCCACCCAUCUCUACUUCUGGACACAGGAGCCCAGAGAUGGCCAAAAGCAUUCAAGCCUGGGGGAAGGUGUUUUGACUAUUGCUGCUCUUCACCAGAACCUUGCAUCUCUCUUGGGACUGGAACCCUUCAGUGGGCGUGUGGCCAGUUCUGGAGGCUGGGAUUCUGGGCCAGGGUGUAAGGUUCAUUCUCCACGUUAAGUUUCCUUUCAGCCAGGUGCAGUGGCUCACACCUGUAAUCCCAGCACUUUGGGAGGCCAAGGCGGAUUACCUGGGGUCGGGAGUUGGAGACCAGCCUGAUCAACAUGGUGAAACCCCAUCUCUACUAAGAAUACAAAAUUAGCCAGGUGUGGUGGCACAUGCCUGUAGUCCCAGCUAAUUGGGAGGCUGAGGCAGAAGAAUCGCUUGAACCCAGGAGGCGGAGGUUGUGGUGAGCCAAGAUGGUGCCAUUGCACUCCAGUCUGGGUAACAAGAGUGAAAUUUCAGGGCCAGGCGCGGUGGCUCACGCCUGUAAUCCCAGCACUUUGGGAGGCCGAGGCGGGUGGAUCACGAGGUCAAGAGAUCGAGACCAUCCUGGUCAGCAUGGUAAAACCCCGUCUCUACUAAAAAUAUAAAAAAAAUUAGCUGGGCAUGGUGGCACGUGCCUGUAAUCCCAGCUACUCGGGAGGCUGAGGCAGGAGAAUUGCCUGAACCCGGGAGGUGGAGGUUGCCAUGAGCCGAGAUCACGCCAUUGCACUCCAGCCUGGGUAACAAGAGCGAAACUCCGUCUCAAAAAAAAAAAAAGAGUGAAAUUUCAUCUCAAAAAAAAAAAAAGUUUCCUUUCAUCCUGCCUAGCCAUCCCCAAGGUAUAUUUUCAGAAGAAGGGAAUAUCUCUACUUGGAUCAAUUCUGGUCAUUUCAAGAGGAUGGAGUCCUCAGUGUGGGAACCUCCCCUACUCCCUGGAUGUGUGUGCCUAGCACACUUCCUUCUCCCACCCCUUCUCAAACCCUUUUUCCAGUUGGAUUUGUUGUUCUGUUCUUCUGUCCUGUCUUAUACUGCUACUGUGUCUCUUAGGGGACAGAUGGACUUCUUUGUCAUCUUCACUCUCCACCCCCAGAGAGGAGUCAGAGCCAUAACUCAAUCACUCAGCCCCUCCAAAGAUAGUUGAGUUGAUGAUGUGUGAUAUUCUCGUAAUGUUAAGAACCCUGAUGAGAUGAGAUACAUUGUCUUCCCCACCCUACAAUGCCUCUGGAGCCAAGGCACCCAUUCAUCUUGCUAGCCUCCAUCCCCCUGAGGCUUCCACUUUUUUUUUUUUUUUUAAACCUUAAGAUGGGCACCAGCAACUGGCCUGUGGUGAUGCAAAGCUGCUUUGCUCUGUAUCUGGCUGGACUGAUCUAUCUCCCAAGAAGCCAUGAGGCAAUAGGGAGAAGCUCUCUCUCUCCUCUUCAUCUUCUGCUCCAAAGGAGGUAGCAAGAGGAGUACCCAGUUUUAGGGGUUGGAGCCCCUAUAACAUCUUCCUGUCAGGAGACUGAUGGAUCUUUUUCAUUCCAACCAUCUCCCUUUCCCCCAGUGAAUGCAAUAAAACUUUGUGACACCA